AUGGGAAAUCUCGCAUUCACAAUUGACACCAGCCAGGAAAUUCCGCUCAGCACGAAUCAGGACCUCUUUCGAUGGAUGGAUUAUGCAUCAAUGGUUGCCAUGUUUUUCAAUGCUUUUGGGGUCUGGGUGAUCGGGUUUCAUACGCCGAAUACGAUGCGCUCCUAUGGAAUUGCGUUGACAGCAUACCAGGGAAUUGGUUUCGGCGUCGCAGCCCACAUGGCUUCCCUCCUGAUGAUUAUGUUUAUGCUGCGACAUCAAGCGAUUAUGCCACCAAAUCACCUGUUAAAAUUUGAUCAUAAACUAAUGCUCGGCGUCUACAUCGGCCUCCAAAUCUUUGCUUAUAUUCAUUUAAUCACCAUGGCAAGCUACGUUUUUUAUAAUGAUGAUGUAGAAGCUACUAAGCAGCUUUACUUGAAGCGCUACUUCAUGUUUCGCCAAUUCCUGGAGGUGCCACGCUGUUAUGUUUUCACCCCUAAAGACGGGGUCCUGAUGAUGAUAAAUAUUUCGGCUUGGGUGGUCGUCUUGUUUUUUAUAGUGAUGGGCUGUGUCAAGCCUCGCACUUUUGUCAUCUCCGAAACUUCAACUAUCGCCGUGACCAAGGAAAACCGUAGGGCCAACAAAUUGAGGCUGGCUGCGGCGAAUGCUAGAUUUCUGUCGAGCACGCCGGUGUCGACGACAAUGAACGAUUUGGGA